AUGGAAUACUUUGAUUUCAACCCCCCGUAUACAUCUCAAAGCUCCAGCCCAGGUUAUCCUUUCACCCCCACCGACGUCCAGGGCACGCAUUAUGGUGCAGUUCCACCUGGAACUGCAGGGACGUUCUCCACAAACUCUGUGCACACACCGCUGGACCACCCCAGUGCUCUCACCGUGUCAACCGUGUUUCAUCCCAUGCUGCUGCUUGACGAACUGGCCCCCAACUUCAUCUUCCUCGCCACAGACGGCGUUCAUUUCUACGUCCACACCCACCACAUCCUCGCCGUCUCCAUGAACAGGAUGGGUAUGCUCCUCCCAACCGACGUGCCCGCAGUCGUCCUCGGGCCCCGCCCGUUCGCUCGAAUUCCCCAUCCCUCCGAGGUCGUCAACAUCAUGCUCCACGUCAUCUACGGUCUCCCAUGCCUGCAGUACGCCCCGACCCUCGAGACGACCGAAGCCGCGCUCGAGGCCCUCCACCUCCAAUUCGACGUCGUCAUCCAGAUGCACGCCGUACCCCCCCUCCCGCUCUACCAGCUCGUGCUCUCCUACGCCCCCUUCCGCCCGCUCGAGGCGUACGCCGUCGCCGCACACUACGCGCUCGAUGAGCUCGCCGUCGCCGCCUCCGGCCACCUGCUCGCCUUCGACCUCUCGCAGGUGUCCGACGACGCCGCGUGCAAGAUGGGCCCCGUGUACCUCAAGCGGCUCUUCCUCCUGCACCGGUCGCGCCUCGCUGCGCUGCGCGACAUCCUCUUUCGCCCGCCGCGCGAACACGCCCCGAACAAGGGGUGCACUAUGGAGCAGAGACAACAGCUGACCCGCGCCUGGGCAAUACCCGUAGCCCGGCUGGCGUGGGAAGCCUUGCCCAGCGUGUCGACAAACGCUUUACAGUCCCUGCUGGAACCAAUGGCACUGGCCGUCACCUGCCCGGACUGCGCGGAGAUGUUGCAGCAAAGGGUGCAGGAGGUGGUGUACGAGUGGGCCGCAGUGAAGCACUGUUGCCCGGAAUGGAAGGUCUGCACUGGGUUUGCCGCCGCGAUCGAGCGGCUCAAUGCUGUACACCGGUCAUGUGCUCCCGCCCACAUAGGCAAUCUUAACGGGGUAUCUAUGAUCAAGGCCGUCGUCCCGAAGGGCGCCCAGGACUCGCAGAUAAAGAAGGCAGGAAGGCCACCGAAACGCGGGAGCGUACCUGAUACCAUCCUCCGUCCGUGGAACUCGGGUUGGAAUUAG